UUGAUCAUACCUUACACAGAAAGAACAUCAUAAAACUGUCGACUGUAUUGGCAUAAGAGAACAACUCCAAUUUUAAAGCGUUCUUAAGCAGUUUUCUUGCAUUAUAUAAUUUCGUUAAGAAGGGAAACGUAUCUCAAAUCAGAUAUGAAUAAAAUAGAUAGAGCAGAUAAAAUGUGGAUGAUGACUUUUUAUUAAAGGGAUCGAAUUUUAUCAUAUAAUUAAAUUUAGCAUAACAUUGUUUGGUAUUGAAAUAAUUACACAUUGUACAUUGUGCAUUACAGUGCGCACGUGAAAACAGUGAUUGUUACAUGUUGUUUUCAUCAUAAUUGAAUUGUAUAAAAAAUGUUUUAUUUUGGACAAGUAAACAGGACAGAAUAAUUUACUUGCAUUCUACAAAUCAAAGGCAGUUGUUUGGAUUGAAAACUUACAGAGAUGUUGUGUUGAUUACAACAUAUAUCAUAGAAGUUUUGGACGUCCAAGAUAAAGUAAUGGACAACGGAAUGACAACUUUUAUUCAAGAAAAUUUGAAUGGAUACAAUCUGCCACAAGAUACUCUAGUAGAACUACACAGUAUUUUAAUGCGUCGAUUUUCUAUCAAAUUUUCGGAAGGCCUCUCACCUGAAGGGCGUAUGGCGAUGGAGCUUACGGCCAUGACAGGGAGUAUAAUAAAUUCCGGAAACUAUAUAGAUGACAAUGAUAGUGAAGAAACAAGUACUUACAUGAGACGCAGUCGGCAGAAGAGGAGAUCAAAAACAAUUUCAAUCACAGGUUCGUUUGAGAAAGAAUCAGCCAAUAAGGAAGCAGCAAAAGCAAAUGGUUUGAAAACUAGACGUAGUAGUAGCGCAGGAAUUAUUAAAGAAUUGGAAACAAGUGCUUAUGGUGCCAAUUCUGUAAAAUUUAAUACUGAACAGGUUGAACGAGAGACUGACAAAAUACAGUCUGUAGAAAAAUGUUUAGUUUGGAUGGAAGCGCAAAAUAGAGAUCCGACGGAAAAUAUUCAUAUUAUAUGAAAUAAUUGCGUAGUUUUCUAUCUAAUGCUAUGCUACAGCUACUGUAUUGCUUAACAUUAAAUAUACACUCUAUUUGUAAGUUAUAAACCGGUAUUAAUAUCAUUAUGUAAAUUGUUUAUUGAAACGUUUAUCACUGACAUUGCAUAGUUUCUUAAACGGAUAUUAACACGCCAUCUUCUAAAGAAUGAUGUUUUGUUUUUAUUUUACAAAAAUAUCUGGAAAACCUGAUCAGUGCUCAAUUUCCGAUUACAUGUACACCUAUAUAAUAUUGAGAGAUAAGAAGCUUGCAUACAACAAUUCUUGAAAUGCUUUAAAUUUGAAAUAAUUCGUAUCAAGUGUUCGCAAAAAAGGCUACAUAAUGCAACAGUGACCUUUCAC